UUUAGCUUCAUAUUAGAUAAGUUUUUCAGUAUUAAUUAAAAACACGUAUUUUGAAUUUAAUUUUAAAUAACAAUCUAUUUAAAUGUAUUAAUUUAUUGAAAAUGUUUAAAACAAUAAAAAAUAUUCAUAGUUUUCAAAGAAUUAAUUCCAAAUAUAUACUCAUAAAAAAAUAUAGUCAAAAGGUUUCUAAAUAUUAUCCAAAAAGAAUAUUUUCGGGAAUUCAGCCAACUGGAAAUUUACAUUUGGGAAAUUAUCUUGGUGCUAUACAAAAAUGGAUACAAUUCCAGAAUAAUGGAGAAAAUGUUAUUUGGAGCAUUGUGGAUAUGCAUGCUAUUACUUUAUCACAUGAUCCAAAAGUGUUAAAUGAUAAUAUAUUUAAAAUGACAGCAACAUUGUUAGCAUGUGGUAUUGAUCCAAAGAAGAGUAUAUUAUUCCAACAAUCUACUGUACCCAUGCAUACACAAUUAAGUUGGAUUUUGGGAUGUCUUUCAACUCAAGCACGAUUAACUCGCCUACCUCAAUAUAAAGAAAAAAGUCAGACAUUAAAAGUCAUCCCUUUGAGUUUAUAUAUUUAUCCUGUUUUACAAGCUGCUGAUAUAUUACUAUAUAAGGCAACACAUGUUCCAGUUGGACAAGAUCAAGUUCAACAUAUUCAAUUAGCACAAGAAUUAGCUAUUAAAUUUAACAAAAAAUUUGGAGAUACUUUUCCUGUACCUCAUUCUUUAGUUAAUGAAAAUGCAAGUCAACGUAUAAAAUCUCUUCGCAAUCCUUUAAAGAAAAUGUCAAAGUCUGAGAAAGAUUCAAGAAAUAGAUUAGAUUUAUUAGAUGAACCUGAUAUAUUGUUGGAAAAGAUAAAAAAAGCUGUUACCGAUUGUACUUCGAAAGUAACUUAUGAACCAGAAACAAGACCUGGUGUUUCAAAUUUAGUUAUUAUUCAUUCAAUGCUUAGUGGAAAAUCUAAGGAUCAAAUAUGUUCUGAAGUAGAAGAAUUAGAUACUGGAAAAUAUAAAUUGAUGCUGGCAGAUUUUAUUAUAGAAAAAUUAACUCCAAUUCGUAAAGAAUAUUCAAAAUUAAUUAAGGAUCCAAUGUAUUUAGAAGAAAUUUUGAAGAAUGGUACAGAAAAAGCGAUCGAGAUAGCUAAUGAUUGUUGGUAUGAUGUUCGAAAUAAAAUUGGUUUUGAAAAUGAUAUUCUCUGUAUUAAUGAGUCAGUACAAAAUAUAGUAUAAUAAAAUAUAA